AUGUUGUCCACGGCUCAGCAGAUGCUGCAGGACAGCCGCUCCAAGAUCGAGCUGAUCCGACUGCAGAUUAUCAAGGCGGCGCAGGCGGGAAGCAGCAGCGACGGAGAGCAGCACGGCUCCGGCCACGGAGGAGUGUCGCCGCCGGCCGUCAGUCCGGUGGACGCUCGCCUGGCGGAGCUGCAACACUUCAUCCAGAGAGAAACGGACGCUUUGGUUCGGGCCAAAGACGUGGUGAAGCAGCUGGAGGGAAUCUCCUCGCUGGACCAGAAGGCGCUGAAUGAAGCUCAGUCGCGGCUGCACGAUUCCUCCCAGAAGCUGCAUCUUCUGCGGCUGUCGCUGGAGAAAUGUCUGGAGGAGAAGAACCGCGAGGCUCCGCAGCCGCCUGCAGGGGGCGACGAGGCCUCGGAGGGGCAGCCGGACCCCCAGAACCCCAGAACCGGUCCUCCGAUGUCCAGCUCGGCGUCUAUCUACUCCAUCAGACCGGCGUCUUUAACCGGCAAACUUGAAGUGAAGCUGCUGGGAUGUGAGGAUUUACUGAAACCUCCGACAGACUCGAGUCCUGCUGCUCAGAAGACGGACGGACCUUCCAACGAGGUCGGUGCGGCGCUGCGGCUGGACGGACGGCCGGUCGGACGGACGGGCUGGGCCUCCGUCAGCAGCCUGAACUGGGACCAGACCUUCUACAUCCAGCUGGAGCGGUCCAGAGAGCUGGAGGUCGGCGUGUUCUGGAAGGACCGGAGGGAGAUGUGCGCCGUCAAGUUCCUGCGACUGGAGGAGAUGAUGGAGAACCAGAACCAGAACCAGGGCUUCAGUCUGGAGCCGCAGGGCCUCCUCUACACGAAGCUCCGGUUCUUCGACACCGUGGUCGAGCGUCAGCCCAAACUGAGGCGCCAGCGAUGCAUCUUCACUAAAGAGAGAGGGAAGAACUUCCUCCGAGCCGCCCAGAUGAACAUGAACUUCGCCACCUGGGGUCACCUGAUGAUGAGCAUCCUCCCUCGCUACAGCUCCUUCUCCACUUUCAGCUCGUCUCCGACCACGACGCUGGACAGCAGCGCCGCCAAUCCAGCUGAGAAGGAGCCUGAACGCACCACGACACUGCCAAGUGAAGCUCCGGUGAUCAGACUGAGCCUCAGCGAGGACCAGGCCUCACAGGUCGACACCGAGGACCAGACCACCAACAUUAUCGCCACCGACAACACGACGUCAUCUGAGCCUGACCUGCAGGAAACAACGUCGUCCAUGAAGUGCUCAGACGGAGGUGAAGAUCAGCCGGUUUCUGCUCUGAAGAUGCAGAUGGAGGACUUUAAAUACAUCUCAGUUCUGGGUCGGGGACACUUUGGGAAGGUCCUGCUGGCAGAGUUUAAGAAGUCGGGGAAACUGUACGCCAUCAAAGCCCUGAAGAAGAGAGACAUCGUGACGCGAGACGAGGUGGACAGCCUGAUGAGCGAGAAGCGGAUCUUCGAGAUGAUCAACGCCUCCAGACACCCGUUCCUGGUCAACCUUCACGGCUGCUUCCAGACCGGCGACCACGUCUGCUUCGUCAUGGAGUAUUUACCGGGAGGAGACCUCAUGAUCCACAUCCACAACAACGUCUUCACCGAGGCCCAGACCAGGUGAGCCUCGAUUUGUGUCAUCUUGUGUCUCACGUUUUUAACUUUUAACUGUGUUUUAUUCAGAGAUCUGAAGCUCGACAACCUCUUAAUGGAUGCAGACGGGUUUGUGAAGAUCACAGACUUUGGACUCUGUAAAGAAGGGAUGGGCCACGGUGAUCGGACCUCCACUUUCUGUGGGACUCCGGAGUUUCUGGCCCCGGAGGUUCUGACGGACGACAACUACACCCGAGCCGUGGACUGGUGGGGGAUGGGGGUCCUCAUCUACGAGAUGCUGGUCGGAGAGUCUCCGUUUCCUGGCGAGGAUGAAGAAGAAGUGUUCGACAGCAUCGUCAACGAUGACGUCCAGUAUCCUCCAUGUCUUCCUCCAGGCGCCGUCUCCAUCAUCCAGAGGCUGCUGAAGAAGAAUCCUCUGAAGAGGCUCGGAGCUGGAGAAAGAGACGCCAACGAGGUCAAAGGAGAGAAGUUCUAUGAGACGAUCGACUUUGAAGCCCUGCUGGCCAAGAAAGUGAAGCCGCCGUUCCUGCCGUCCAUCAGAGACUCCACCGACGUCAGCAACUUCGACAGCGAGUUCACUCGGCUGCAGCCGGUCCUGUCGCCGCCCUCCAAACCCUUCAUCCUCUCGGCCGAGCAGCAGGAGGCCUUCGCCGACUUCGACUUCUGCGCCUUGCACGGGUGAAACAUGAACUGAGAGGACCAGGGUGGGGAGUUAUCAUACGUAUGGGAAGGUCACCCUCCACCAAAAUAACUCCUGUGACCAGACAGUUUAUUUGUAUUUUUUUUGGAUAACAACAUUUCUAUCAAUCAGUCGACGCUGUUUAGUUGAAAUUGCAAGAACAUUGAGAGGACUUUUUACAAUCUCAACCUUUAGACCAGUGCUGUUCUAGUUCAG